CUCAACCCUUGUCGCUCUCGCUCCAGACUCCUCACUCCCAAAUAAUGCAUAUUUUAGUUGUCAACGACGACGGCCCGCCGUCCAACCAGUCCUCGCCGUACAUCCAUUCAUUCGUCCAAUCGUUGCAGUCUGCCGGGCACAUUGUAUCUGUCGUUCUCCCCCACCAGCAGCGAUCAUGGAUCGGUAAAGCCCACUUGAUCGGGGCCGCCGUGAAGCCAACCUACUUCCGUCCCGGUACUCUGCACAAAGACGAUGGGACCACACACGAAUUUCCUCAUGGUAUGAACGAGGGCGACGAUGACAACUACGAUGGAGAUGAAUGGAUUCUUGUGGACUCCACACCGGCCAGCUGUGUUCAGAUUGGCCUGUACCACUACUUCCAAGACCGUGGCCCGAUUGACCUCGUGGUGUCCGGUCCGAACUACGGCCGGAAUUCAACUGCUCUCUUCGCCCUGUCCAGUGGAACCAUUGGCGGUGCCAUGGAGGCAGCAGUCUGCGGUAAGCCCGCUAUCGCACUGUCGUACGCCUUUAGCUCCAGAGACCAUGAUCCCGUUGUCAUCGCGGAGGCAUCGCGUCAUGCCGUUCGGUUAGUCGAGUACCUCCACAAGAAUUGGGCCGACGGUGUGGAUCUAUAUACUGUCAAUGUCCCGCUGGAGCCUGGUGUGAGCCAGAACAAGGUGCUGUACACCAACAUGCUCGAUAACCGCUGGUCAUCGGGCAGCUGUUUCCGCGCGGUCGAUGCCUCGGCCUCGGCCAAUACGCCUGAGAAGCAGGAGCACGACGUGCGACACCAGACUGUGCCCGCGGGAGAGAAGGCGCCAUCAGCCGUGGAUGGAACGAGCCCAUUGAAGAGAUCUCGCAUCCAACACAAACACUUCGAGUGGGCGCCAAACUUCUCGGAUGUGUACAGAAGUGUGGAGGAGGGUGCUCCAGGGAACGACGGCUGGGCUGUCAAGGAGGGCAUGACCAGUGUUACGCCGCUUCGAGCCAAUUUCAUGCAUACACCUGGAAUUCAAGGAGAGAUUACGCUACCGGAUAAUAACACUGAGCCUACCUUCUAUUCUCUCGUCGACAGCGACGACUCCUAUGUCCAGAGUCUGAUGGAGCGGGCGCUCCAGCGUCGUCUUGGAAAUGGUCAAUGUCGCGCCAUCUCAUCUCUCGCUGACCUUCCCUCUCGCACUACACCCAUCUUCCAGUACCGCGAAUACGAACGGCUAGACUUCGAGCAUGUCAUGAUGCACACCUCCACUUCUCUCGCCAACGCCUAUAUCAUCCGCAAAGCCCUCAUCCGCAAACACUACCUGUCCAACACCGUCAUCAAUUGGGUAACGAAACACCCGGACAGCGUCCUAGCCAAGCACUUCAAGCCCGGCUUCGACUUCGAGCUCGACUACGCCGAAUUCCUCGACGAUGCCCUCCUCGAGGCCUACGAGCUGCGCGACAGCCUCGCCAAGAACGAGACCCUCCCCGAUGAAGAAAAAGAAUGGUGGAUUCUCAAGCCCGGCAUGAGCGACCGCGGCCAAGGCAUCCGCCUCUUCAACAGCGAAGACGGGCUGCGCGAAAUCUUCGAAGAAUGGGAAGUGCCCGACUCCGACGAUGAAAGCGGCUCCGAGCGUCCAGAGCCCGAAGACAACGAAGACGACGACGACGACAACCACGGCGUCGUAACUUCCCAACUCCGCCACUUCAUCGCCCAACCCUACAUCGACCCUCCACUCCUCAUCCCCUCCUCCCAUAACCGCAAAUUCCACAUCCGCACCUACGUCCUCGCCGUCGGCUCCCUCAAAAUCUACGUCUUCAAGGAAAUGCUCGCCCUCUUCGCCGCAAAACCCUACUGUCCUCCCUUCGAGGACGAAGACGAAGUCACCGACCUCGCCCGCCAUCUCACCAACACCUGUUUCCAGGAAAACGGCCGCGCUAACCCUGACAGCGUCCGCCGCUUCUGGAACCUAGAGGACUACGUCCCCGGUCUCAGCGAUACGUGGAAACAGAACGUCUUUGAUCAGAUUUGCGCCGUGAGUGGCGAGAUCUUCGAGGCUGCGGCGAGGGGCAUGAUGGUGCAUUUCCAGACUCUGCCGAAUGCGUUUGAACUCUUCGGUGUGGACUUUUUGGUCGAUAAGAAGGGUAAUGCUUGGUUGUUGGAGUUGAAUGCCUAUCCGGAUUUCGGUCAGACCGGCGAGGAUCUGAAGGAGUUGGUUGUGGGUAGGUUGUUUGAGGAGACGGUCGAUGUGGCUGUCAAGCCGUUCUUUGGGUUGCAGGAGGAUGGGGAUGUGAGUAAGGGGACGGAGAUGUUGAAGUUGGUUAGGGAUGUGGAUUUGGGGAGGAAGGCUUAAUCUAUUUGCCUUCUUUGUCCUUUGUUGAUUGAUUCUGGUUUUUAUAUGAUGUUGCUUUGUGGCGUUUCUUAUGGUUAUCUCUUUACUUAUAUAUAAAAGGGGUGCUGGAUUACUGGGUAUGGUUGGUAGAUAGAUGUAGAGGACUAGAAAAGUUUUGGAU